GGCCCGGGCGAACCCGGCCUCCGAGCCGCGCCCUGCGGGCUAGGCGGGGUGCCGAACAGGGGCUGCCCCAGUGUCUGAAAGCGUCAGCCGACCUCGGGCUUCUGGUUGCGAUGUCUUUGCCCUGCUCCCCUGCGCCUUGUCGGCUGAGUUUCAGGUGCAAAUAUUUACAGAGCUUCAUAAUCAGCCCAAGACCACAUAGAGCAAACAUGAAUGAUAUUUCCCAAAAGGCUGAGAUUAAAGAAAUGCUUGCUUCUGAUGAUGAGGAAGACGUAUCUUCUAAGGUAGAAAAGGCUUAUGUUCCAAAAUUAACAGGAACUGUUAAGGGUAGAUUUGCUGAAAUGGAGAAACAAAGACAAGAGGAACAAAGGAAGAGAACGGAGGAGGAACGAAAACGCAGAAUUGAACAGGAUAUGUUAGAAAAGAGGAAAAUACAGCGUGAAUUAGCAAAAAGGGCUGAGCAGAUUGAGGACAUAAACAAUACGGGAACUGAAUCAGCAUCAGAGGAAGGAGAUGAUUCACUACUUAUAACUGUGGUACCUGUUAAAUCAUAUAAAACAUCUGGAAAAAUGAAAAAGAAUUUUGAGGAUCUAGAAAAAGAACGUGAAGAGAAAGAAAGGAUCAAGUAUGAGGAAGAUAAAAGAGUAAGAUAUGAUGAACAACGACGAUCUCUCAAGGAAGCAAAGUGUCUUUCAUUAGUUAUGGAUGAUGAAAUAGAAAGUGAAGCAAAAAAAGAAUCACUUUCUCCUGGAAAAUUGAAACUAACUUUUGAAGAACUGGAGCGACAAAGACAAGAAAACCGAAAGAAGCAAGCUGAAGAGGAAGCAAGGAAACGUUUAGAAGAAGAGAAGCGUGCUUUUGAAGAAGCAAGGCGGCAAAUGGUAAAUGAAGAAGAGGAAAACCAAGACACAGCAAAAAUUUUUAAAGGGUACCGCCCUGGUAAACUCAAACUCAGUUUUGAAGAAAUAGAAAGGCAAAGAAGAGAAGAUGAAAAAAGGAAAGCAGAAGAAGAAGCCAGAAGGAGAAUAGAGGAAGAAAAGAAGGCAUUUGCUGAAGCAAGGAGAAACAUGGUAGUAGAUGAUGACUCCCCAGAGAUGUAUAAGACAGUCUCUCAAGAAUCUCUUACACCGGGAAAACUAGAAAUUAAUUUUGAAGAAUUAUUAAAACAAAAAAUGGAAGAAGAAAAACGACGAACAGAGGAAGAACGGAAGCAUAAGCUCGAAAUGGAGAAACAAGAAUUUGAACAACUGAGACAGGAAAUGGGAGAGGAAGAGGAAGAAAAUGAAACAUUUGGAUUGAGCAGAGAAUAUGAAGAACUGAUCAAAUUAAAAAGGAGUGGCUCUAUUCAAGCUAAAAACCUAAAAAGCAAGUUUGAAAAAAUUGGACAGUUGUCUGAAAAAGAAAUACAGAAAAAAAUAGAAGAAGAGCGAGCAAGAAGGAGAGCAAUUGACCUUGAAAUUAAAGAGCGAGAAGCAGAAAAUUUUCAUGAGGAAGAUGAUGUUGAUGUUAGGCCUGCAAGAAAAAGCGAGGCUCCAUUUACUCACAAAGUGAAUAUGAAAGCUAGAUUUGAACAAAUGGCUAAGGCAAGAGAAGAAGAAGAACAAAGAAGAAUUGAAGAACAAAAGUUACUACGCAUGCAGUUUGAACAAAGGGAAAUUGAUGCAGCACUACAAAAGAAAAGAGAAGAGGAGGAGGAGGAAGAAGGUAGCAUCAUGAAUGGCUCCACUACUGAAGACGAAGAGCAAACCAGAUCAGGAGCUCCAUGGUUCAAGAAGCCUCUUAAAAACACGUCAGUUGUAGACAGUGAGCCAGUCAGAUUUACUGUUAAAGUAACAGGAGAACCCAAACCAGAAAUUACAUGGUGGUUUGAAGGAGAAAUACUGCAGGAUGGAGAAGACUAUCAAUAUAUUGAAAGGGGAGAAACUUACUGCCUUUACUUACCAGAAACUUUCCCAGAAGAUGGAGGAGAGUAUAUGUGUAAAGCAGUCAACAAUAAAGGAUCUGCAGCUAGUACCUGUAUUCUUACCAUUGAAAGUAAGAAUUAAUCACUUUUUAUCUUUUAUUCUAUUAAUUUUUUUUUUUCCUUAAAAUCACUUUUCUUCUUCUCUUUUUUAGCUGAUGACUACUAGCUCCCCUUCCCUCUCCUUGGAACUUACUCUUUCACUCCAGCUUUCUUACUACAUCCAUCUUUUCUGUGGUGGGGCCAAAAAAGGAAACCAGGAGUGCCACUAUGUUGACUUCUUACUCCUUUUCGUAACAGUCUUCAAAACACAGCUCAUCUAAAGAAUGCCUUCUUCUUUUCCAAAUAAGCAUCAGAUUUAUCGCCUUUUAUGCAGUAACAGUCAAUAAAAUGUACUUUCUGGGGGGGGGGGGGAUUAAUUAUUCUGUCAGAACCUAUUAUAAAGGCUGUGUAUUUCCCACAGACGUUUACAGCAACUAUGUUAAAAACACACACACACCCCUAAGUAGAAUACAUUAUUUUGCAUGAAGGAAUGGCAUUUCUGAGCUUUUUACACCUAAAAUUAGGCUGAAAUAGCUGAGAUAAUUAAUUUGGAACCUAUCAAUUUGAGUGGACUUUUUCUUUAGUAGUAUACCAUUUUGGUGGUUGUUUCAAAGUCUUUCUGAAGCAGAUAUAUUGGAGCGGGGUGGGGAAAAGUGUCACUCCUUUUAGAGGAAAAGGGGAGGAGCAUGGAGAAAAACAAAAAUUAAAGGACUUUGACUGCCUAUACAGUGUUGAGUGUUGAGGAUAUUAAACAUUAUUUUUCGAACGUAAUAUAUAAUUAAAUUUAUAAAGCAAAUUUAUGUGAUCUUGCCUGAGCAAAUUAUAUUUUAAUAAAAAAACUUUGUAUUAAUAGUUCACAGAAGAGAAAACACUUUCAACAUAGCUGAAGGUUUCAAGAUCUAAGUGUAUCAGACUUAGGGAAAAAGUGGAACAACCUUCAAUUUAAAAUUCUAGUCUUUAAAAUGAGUUUGUAAAUAAUUAGCUAUUAUGUUCUAUUAAGUUGUUUUAUAUUUUAAUUUUCUGGAAGACAAUUUUAUUUUACAAUGUGAACCCAAAUAAAGUAACUUCUGUAUUUAAAAGUCUUUCUGUAUUUUAAGACUUGUGCAACCAGAUGGUACCCCUUUAUCAUUAGAACUUUUAAAAAAUCAUCUUUUCUUACAGUAAGCAUUAAAAAAAACCCAGUCAAGUAGAAAAUUUUACCAAGUAAUAUAUGUAUAAAAAAACACAAAGCACUCCCUUAUAAUAUUCAUCAAUGUACAUUUAUUUAUUGAGGAAACCAUAAUGAAUACAAAAUUACAGCUAUCAUGUGACCUUUUACAUACAAUGUCAUUAAAGCAAACUCUAAACCACAGUUUGUAAAGUAUUCAAUUUACCUCAAGUCCAAGCUGCAUCUCCCUAAGACACUGUUCCCAUCACAGUAGCCAUUUUAAGCCAAUCUUCUUUUUACACACGGGUAGUUUCUGUAGAGAACAUUUUUCUCAGGACGAAAAUGCAUCGAGCAUGCAUAAGAAAAAAUAUAUAUAUAUGCGCAAAUACAUUUAAGAGUUUCUAUAGGGGUAUCACUGAAGAAAAUAAAACCCUGGGAUUUGCUUAUUAAAAGCACCAAUUAAAAAAAAUCCCUCAAAAGCUUAUAUUGUGACAAGAAAAAUGAAGUCACUAACUCAACAAAAAAUAAGGUUAUUUUCAGAACCAAAAUUAUCUUUAAUUAGGUAUUGUUAAAAUGCAUUUUAAAGUGAGGCAGAGUUUGCAGAAAAUAAAAACAAGACAUCCUCACUGAUUAGUAAACUCUACAUCAUUAUUCUACACAACAGAUAACUUUCUAAGUAGAGCUGAUUUUACUGGCAGAGUAUUCAAACAAAUAAAAUGCUAUCACUUCUGAAUUACUCCCCUUUCCCUCUGAAGGUACUCUGCUAUUCCUACCCAAACCCACUCUUAUGAAUUAACUACUAAGAUAAUUUGUUUAAAAGAUAUAUUUUACAAUGUUUAUAAACAACUAGUAUUAAAUUACUAGUUUUAGUAUUAAAACCAUUUUUGAUAUUAAAAAAUAAAACUAUACUUCUCAUUUCUAAAAGAAACAUCAAACCAUAGAAUUCUAAGUAUCACCACACUAAGCUGUCUUAAAAAAAAAACUAAAAACAUUGUCAAAUUUUUGUUUAAGUGCUAAAUAAAGUCAGUUCAAUUUCAAUCUAAACUAUACAUUGUUUCUAACACUAAUAUCCAAUGCAUUCAAAUCAACUGGCUCACCUUUUCUGCUUUCCAUUUAUUUCAGAUUUAAGACCAGCGUCAUUUAAAAUAAUGCUUAUAUUAUCAGUGAAGGCUUAUGGUAAUGAAUAAAAGAAUUCUCAUGAGACAGAAACAGUGCCCCAAUAUCUAUUAUCAUUCAUCUAUCUAUAUUUUUUUAAUAAAAAUGCAAUCUACAACUAACCAAAACUCGACAGGCUCUCAAGUUUCAAUGAGUCCCUUUAUAUUUACAUACCUAUCAUUGACUAUUAAAACAUAACAUACACAUAAAUGUGGUGUAAUAACUAUGUAACUUAAGAAAUUUAACAGUUCAUGGAACAUUUAAGAUCAAGUGAAUAGCACUUUAAAAUGAAAAGUGAUCAAAAGCAGGUACAUUACACCCUAUACCAUAUUAUGUAUGGGAAUACAUUUCAUAUUUCUCAAUUAUGAUUUGCCAAUUUUACCUUCUACAUUGAGCCCUUCUAUGGUCCAUGCUCAUCGGCUCACCAAUGGCAUACACUCAAAGGAUUCCUCUUUAUGGGUAACUAUCUCAGGACCUGAUUUUAUGAGCUAUGAUUUGGUGCUUGCAGCAUCUUCAGCACUGUGUGUGAAAAUGAAGGCAGUAUUUUUGAAUAUUUUUCUUUGUUGCAGAGAUAAGCAGGAGUUUUAAAAGGAUCAGCACAUUUUAGAAAUUGAAUAAACAAAACUGAUAAGAUGCUGCUUUCAUACAUUCAUCUUAACUCAAAAUAUGUACCAGUUAAAAUCAUCUAUAAAAACACACAAACAUUUUAAACUGGCAAAAAAAUUAUAUAAAUGCAGCGUCAGUUAUUAAAAUAUUAUUAAAUCAGAAAAAUACUGAUUGCUACAGAUUAUGAAAGGUUAUUUGCUGUACAGUUAACAUUUCACUGAUGCACAUGCCUUUUAUCAAAACAUACUGCCUUAUAACUUUUUCCUUUUUCAGCAUAUAACUUUUGUCUCAGAAAAAAAUCAUAAUAAAAUUGUAACCCAUAAUAUCCUUACUGAAUUAUUAUAGUUUAAGAAAAAAAUAAAGAAAUUAUAGUUUUGGAGGGCAAAGAAAUUUUCUGUCCAUCAUAUAAAACAGAUUGUGAAGGCUGUUGAAGUUUCUGAACAAGUGAUUUCCUAAAUCUUGAAAACUGUGUAAUUGUCCUUUCUUAAUCUUAACACUUCUUCUAUCUUUGGGGAAAAAAUACAAAAAGAUUUGGAUGUAGAUCAAUUACUGCAGCAAUCUACUCAUCAUUUUCUUGUCUUAAAAAAAAAAAAGUAAAAUAAAAAACAUUACCCAGAAAUGUAAACAGUUGCUUUAACAACUUACAGACUUUCCACUAAGAUGGUAGCAUAAAAUAACAAAAUACAUUUUGGGGAAGCAGUAGCAGAUUGCCUUUGAAUACACAACCACAAAAACCUCACAGGGACAACAUUAAUGUACUGAAAUAUUUAUUUAUAUAUGUCCUUAGGUUGUGCUUACCUGGUGCUUUUUGCAGCAGAACCUAAGGUGGAAGGUCUGGGAAGGCACUGUGAAGUAUAAAUAAUUGCACUGUUUGCAAUUAAUAAAGAUUUUAAACC